AUGACCCCAACCGAGCGGCCAGCCAAUUUGAGUCAUCAAGACAUGACCACUGAUCUCAUGGUCACAGGGGGAACAACUCCUAUCGUCCUCGUCAAACCACACGAUGUUGACCCAUCAUGCCAUCUGCGAAACACUGGGGGCUGGUCGCAAUCAACGACGUGCGUGGCGCCCUUGGCGGCGACUACUGGAAUUGCACCCUCGUGA